AUGUGUCAUCUUCGCACUCGACAGGAGAACCAGUUGAGAAGCCGCGUGUUUGCCGAACGUCUGGGCCUGGAGGCAGACUGGAACUGUCACAUCUCCCUUGCACCGGAACCGAAGUACCAGCGAAAGCCACGUUCCGCCUGCCAAAGUUCCGACUGCGCCCAUGGCCCACAGGACAGCGAACUUACGGUUGACCAGUCAGAGGUGUCAGACUUUCCACUUCGCUCUCGUCUUCAUCGCUCCCUGAGUGCUCCCUGCGUUUGUUACGCAAGUUCGGUUACGCACAAUCACCAGGACUGUUCCGAAGAGCCACAGGCAGCAAACGAAAGUCCAGCAAACACCCUGGAUAACACGCCGAGUAAUGACCCGCUCGUGGAGGGUGCUCCCAUUGAAAUUCACAUAUCUCGACCCCCUGAAUCACCCGGGACCGGCGAUCACAUUCCGCCCGUAUCCAAACCGAUCAGCAGCAACACCAGUCUCUCUUCCGUUGAUUCAGCCGCAGUAGCAGCAUCAGCGAAUCAGGACCCUGCCCUCUCCGGCUCACUCUCAACAAGCAGUUCUAAAAAUUCUUCCAGUUCAUCCGAGGAGGAAGAUCCGUGCCCUCCGACCGAUGGCAGUGCCUACAAUUACGUCUUCAGUAACAAGUCCCGUCUGCCGUGUGGAAUCAAGAACAUUCGAUGGCACCUGAAGAACGUGGACAACGUGCCACUCAAGGUCUCCCUUUUUACCGAGUGUACUCCGCCAGCUGUCAGUGAGAUGAUUAGCAUCAUGCAGGAGUACGAUGAGACAGUGUGCGUCGUGGGUAGUUGCCUCUCCAUGGCCAACAUUGAACUGUUCUUUCGCGGCGACACAUCAAUCGCCUUCUUUCCGGUGCUUCCUCUGGUCUGCGGCCACGACCCAUGUACUGCUCAAAACGGGUUGCUGGCGAACGCUCCAGGUCCAGAAUCCCCCUCGCAAACGGAUGAACUGAGGACUUGUGAAGGGGACACUGAGCCGUCCUCGCUGUCAGCAACACCUCUCGGAAUGGAUUUCUCUCAGCCUCUGCGAAGUCGCUGGUGGAGAAACUCGCCGCGCAAGUUUGGCAGCGUCCUGUCAUUUGUUCCGCCCGUUCCUGCCGUAUUGGACUCAAGUGAAGUGCUGGUCCAGCCAAGUGCGUCCAGCCUACUGGAACGGUUUGCCUGGUUGCCGCCCGUGUUUGUUGGGAGUGUGUGGCCGCUGGCCGAAGUACCUGCACCGCCCCCAACAUCAUCACUGACACAACAGCCAGUCGACUGGAACGAGUUGUUGUCUUACUCGGCUGCCACUGUCUCUUACGCCGACCAGGUCUAUUGGUUAACUCUUCUGCGGUGCUGUCGGUUCGCACUGGUGACCACUUUACGGUUUCUGCCGUCGGUCCUCGUUUGCGUGCUGUCUGGUCUCGUCCACCUGCUGCUUCUCUGCCCCUCAGUUGGCACAAAUUACGCCUGUCUUUCUGCCUGUUUCCAUCCUCCCGCCGAAGACUCGCCCAAUACGACCUGGGUAAUCUCGAAUACCACGGAGCAUUUCCUAUCGGAGUGCAUUCGCCUCUUCCCGUCGGUGAUACUGGUCGAGUCAAUUGUCUUCUAUCAGUUCGUCCUCUGUCUAGGUGCGUGCAUGGCUUAUGUGGAUGGACAGCAGUCCGUCACGCUAAUUGCGGAGAUCGUUCCUGUGCGUAUGCUGACUGUGCGCACCAAAGCCCAACCAUGUCCCUGCCUCCCACCCCAAAAGGAAGACAUGACGAUUGACGACCACCCCCCCCUGCCGCCGUGA